AUGGGGUCCACCAGUGUAGCAGGACUCUGCCACGAGCAAUCGUCCUAUCCCAGGAGCGGUCUCAAGCUCAGUAUUGGAACUAAAAGGGGGACAGAAAGCAAGCAGGUGUGCUGUCGGGGCAAGAGUGGUGCCCAUCUCAGCCCCGGGAAACCGUCUUCCUGGUGGGAGAGGAAGUGGGAGGAGUCCAAGAGGCUCCUGGCUGGAGAAGCCAAUGUCUCCUGGAUGGCGGCUCGGGGACGCACGCCUUGGCCGCGGCCUGGGCUCCCGCUGCUGCGGCUGCUGCUGGCGGCGGGCGCGGCGGGCGCGGCGGGCGCGCGCUGGAGCGGGGAGGGCAGCAGCCCGCACCUGCAGAGCAUCUUCCUGGGCCGCUGUGCCGAGUACAGCGCGCUACUGAGCGCCCACAGCGGGGACAAGAACUGCACAGCCAUCUGGGAAGCCUUUAAGGUGGUGCUGGACAAGGAUCCUUGCUCUGUGCUUCCCUCGGACUAUGACCUUUUUAUUAACCUCUCCAGGCACUCCAUUCCCAGAGACAAGUCCCUGUUCUGGGAAAAUAACCACCUUCUUGUCACUAGCUAUUCAGAGAAUUCCCGUCACCUUAUGCCCCUGUGUGACGUUCUGUAUGGCAGGGUUGGAGAUUUCUUGAGUUGGUGCCGACAGAAAAACACCUCUGAACUUGAUUACCAAUCCUGCCCUACAUCAGAAGACUGUGAAAACAAUCCUGUGGAUUCCUUCUGGAGAAGAGCAUCCAUUCAGUAUUCAAGAGAUAGUUCUGGGGUGAUUUAUGUCAUGCUGAAUGGUUCUGAACCAACAGGAGCCUAUCCCGUCAAAGGAUUUUUUGCAGACUUUGAAAUUCCAUACUUGCAGAAGGACAAAAUUACACGAAUUGAAAUCUGGGUCAUGCAUGAAAUCGGGGGACCUAAUGUGGAAUCCUGUGGGGAGGGCAGUGUGAAAAUCCUGGAAGACAGACUGAAGUCUAUGGGGUUCCAGUACAGCUGUAUUAAUGAUCACCUACCAGUGAAGCUUUUAAAGUGCGUGGACCACAGCACUCACCCUGACUGUGCCUUAAAUUCGGCGGCAGCAUCUAUUCAAGGAGAGAUCCCAUCUGUCCGUACAGAGCAGAGUGCCAGCCUUAUCAUUCCUCUCUUAGUGGCUUUGGCUUCAGGUUCUCAAAUGUAA